ACGAAAACAUCACCUGCCGCGCCAGAACCUCCAUUAGAGCGGGAGAAACGCAAAAUUUCCCCCCGAUCCGCCUCCACCUUCUUCGAAUCAUUCUCGGCUCUCUUUCCCCGGCCCGCUCGAGAAAGAACCUGGGUCCGCCAUGGCGACGCUCUUCCUCGCCCUGCAGUGCGUGGAGUGCUCCACCAUGCAGGUGAAGCAGCAGAAGAAGAGCAGCAACAAGUGGGCGUGCGCGGUGUGCAACCGGCGCCAGUCCGUGCUCCGCGUGCACGCCCGCGGCUACCGCGCCGCCGAGCUGCGCCGCUUCGUCCAGGACGCCAACCUCGCACGCGGCCGCGGCGCGCCGGUGCGCGAGGCGGACUGGGACCCGCCGGCGGCCGGGGAUGAGCAAGACGAGCCCCCGAGGGAGAGGAAGCGGAUGGACUGGUCCGAGUACCUGGACGACACCGGGGAGCGUCAUGGCGGCAGCGGCUUUGCUGAUUCUCUUGAUGAUGGGAUUGAAGUGACAACUGAGCUACCCCAGGAAAGACCUAAAGCUCCUUCCUUGAAGAGGCCCCCAAAAGCCCAAUUGGGUGUAGCUGGAAAGAGGCCCAAGCCGCCAAUCAACCCCUCUUUAUCCAAGAUGCAGCAAAUGGAACAAGGUCCAACUUGCCCAACUGUCUGCUCUGCAACUUCUACUGCUGAAGCACAAAGAUCAAAGUUCAGCAAGUAUUUGGACAGUAGCUUCUUUGAAGAUAGAAAUCAGGAGGGUCCUGGGCUCCAUUGGACUGACCUUGAUGAAAGUGCUCCCACUACUGAGGUAGUGGUGGAUGAUGAGGUACACCCCGAUUUCAUGUGAUUGUUCUGGUCUGGGAUUGCUACUCCUAUAUCCUACUCCCUCCGUUCCUAAAUACUUGUCUUUCUAGGCAUUUCAACAAGUGACUACAUACGGAGUAAAAUGAGUGAAUCUACACUCUAAAAUAUGUCUACAUACAUCCGUAUGUGAUAGUCAUUUGAAAUGCCUAGAAAGACAAGUAUUUAGGAACGGAGGGAGUAUAUAUUUAAAAUAGCAAGUUGUAAGAUAAGAUUAAAUGUGCUGUUGGCAAAAUGUUAUUCUGUUUGAUAGCAUUAUGGACUUUUGGAAUGCUUUUGAGUU